GGCAGACUGCACUGGAUGGGGCCGUGGAGGCUCUUCCUUCCUGCCUGGCCUGCAGCACAGAGGUGUCGGGGCAUACAGAUGGUAAGUUUCCUGGGAGCCAAAAGAACAGAUUGCAAGGCUGCGCUUGUCCGCGGGUCGGGAGCGCGUGAGCGAGAGGCAGCCACAGCCGUUGGUGUGCGGCAGCGCUGGCUCCCGGGAGCUGGGAAAUCCGAGCUGGCUGCCACGACUCAGCACUAGUCAGAUCCAGUGACCCACCAUGGAUCCUGAAAAUACCAGUGAUGAGCUGUCUAGUUCCUCUCCUGACGACUUCCAAUAUCCAGAAACGCCGGAACCUGUAGCACCCUCAACGCGGGACGCCACUCUGAUACAUCCCACCCCAGAGACGAGUGCUGCUCACCCAACACGCAAAGCUGCCUCUCAUCCUCCAAGGCGUGCGUUUUCUGUGUACGGCAAAACCUCUCCUCAGCCUUAUCGUGUCGUGCACCCGGUACCUCCAGCCCCUUCCGAACCUGCUCAACGUAGUCCAGCUCCUUCGGCAAUUUCCAUGCAACAUCCUGUGCGUCCAGCUCCUUCGGCAGGCUCCAUGCGCCGUCCUGUGCGUCCAGCUCCCUCAGGCUCCAUGCACCGUCCUGUGCGUCCAGCUCCUCCGGCAGGCUCCAUGCGCCGUCCUGUGCGUCCAGCUCCCGCCAUACCCCAAGUGCCUCCACGACAAAGGACUGACAACAAGGCAAAUCCCGAGGCGUCCACGGAAAGCCAGUAUGUGUGGCUCGCUGCAUACCAGGGAUCCAAGAAGGAGAUCCAAAAGCGUGCUAAGGGCCGGGACAAAGUGCCACACAAAUUAACGGACAGCUUCAAGAAAUUUUUCUUCUCACCCACUGGAAUUCUGAAACUCCUGAGGAUGGGUGUCAUCACGGCGGCAGCCAUCUGCUUCUUCGAGGCCAACGCCCCCGAGUCUUACAUAGCAAUCACCAUUCUGGAAGCCUUCAUCGUCACUUUCUUUAUUCUAAUAUAUCUGCUGUCCCUCCAAUACCUGCUGACUUACAUACACUGGCCCUUACUUAUACUGUGUGUCACAGCGGCAGUCCUGUGUGUAAUUGAUGCGCUGAUGGUCACCAAGAGGACGAGGGACGACAUAAAGAGACUCCUAGGGGCCAAAAAGGCAACCCAGCACACGCUGCACAAGGCGCCCCACCCAAACACGCGUGCAAGACAGAGCGACGGUCAGCACCUGCUCCUUAGUGGGCCCAGGCGCACGCGCGCGCAGUCGUCUGUCACCAUUCGGUCUCACCUGUGACCAUAAACUCCCGGCUGCUCAGUCGGGGCCACUGCGCGCUAUCCUCGUGUUGCCUUGUGUCGAGUCGCAUUCCAUCAUCCCGCGUCCCGAGAGCUCCUGCCCUCCGCACCCUCAAAGCGAGAAUCUCCGCCCCUGCCAUUGCGCUUCCGAGGCCUCUCUGGGACUAGGACUGGGAGGGAGCUCGAG